CCCAACAGCAGCUUGUGGUCCUUUAUCUGUAACGCAGCAGUUUCACAAACUAAACACCCUGAUGGAUAAUCUUUCCCAAUCGCCAUUCACUGUUUUGGGUUUUCCCUGUAACCAGUUUGGACAAGAGGAUCCAGAGAAAGACCACGAAACACUGAAUGUUCUCAAGUUUGUCCGUCCAGGAGUGGGCUUUGUUCCUAAAUUUCCCAUAUUUGGCAAGAUUGAGGUGAAUGGCGAGAAAGAGCAUCCUCUCUACACAUUUCUGAAGGUUUCAUGUCCCUUUGUGAACCCUGUCAUUGGUGACCAAACAAGGUUGCACUGGUCACCACUGAAAGUGAGUGAUGUUCGCUGGAAUUUUGAGAAAUUCUUAGUUGACCUGGAUGGACGACCACUCAAAAGGUAUGACCUUGCUACACCGUUCAACAUCAUUGAAGAUGAUAUUUUGACGCUGCAGCAUCUGAAGGGUUAAGUUUAGAUUAUAUAGAGAUAGAAUCCUUCAUCAAAAGGACCUGUUCAAGAGAUGAAGUCUAGAAACAGAUGGAGACUACAUGAAGAACGUUG